AGCGGUGAACUUCAGUCGUAUCAAAAAUUUCGGCAAGUUAAGACCUUCCAUUUUUUGUUUGUAAAAAGCUAUUUUUUCAAAUUUCAAUUUAUAAUUUUUGGUGAGAUAGGUCUUUAAUUUUCAAACCAGAGUUUAUUGACAGAAAACAUGUUUCGAAACUUGUUGAUGCUGAGGAACAAGAUGGCGCUACAGCGGAUUCUGGUUUCCCGGUUGAGCUCGCGUUGCAACAUGUCCACCGGGUUUACGUGCCUCACUAUUAAUCGCCCGAGAAACAUCGACGGAGUGACCGUGAUAGAUAUAAAUAUAAAUGAUAUGGCCAAGAAUGAUAUGGAGUUCAAUCGCAAUUUCGUGAACUCGCUGCCGGCGCUGGACAUACCCCAUUUCCAGGAGGCAAUUCAGACCGUAGGCACGGAUUUGGCUGAUUCACCACCGGCGGAGGAUUCGGUUCCCAAAGACAAUGUAGAGAUUCUGCCUGAAGGAGCACCCAGCUCUGUUCUAGAUGUGGACGGCAAUCCCAUUGUGCCCAUCGAGAUCGAUGGCUGGAAUCAGGAAGACGAUGAUCCCACCGUGCAGAAGAACGUCAAGGACGUGGACAUUGGCAAUGAUGAUGAGUACAAGGCAGAGAUGGCUCUACGAGUGCCAGAGGUUAGGGAAGCCCAAACAGAGUACAAGGGCAUCAAGGUGAAGCUGCCGGAGACGGCCAACCAGGAUGUGGGCACAUAUCGCUUCCGUCGCGACUCCCAGGACCUCGAGGAAGUCGGCGACGACACGCGCCUAGUUCGAUUCGACAAAAAGUAGAUAAAACAUUAAUAUUCUUCCAAAUUUUUUCGAUCAUUUUUAAGUUAAUUUAAUGCUGUCAAAAUCUUUCUGGAUGUACUAGUCGAUACCUUCUCCAACCUUUUUUUUAAUGUGGGAGUCGCUAUGAUUUGGCAAUUUCUUAAGCGUACCUGGAAUUAAACUUGAAGCACAGACAUGCGUUUGCACAAUA